UGUCCAUGUGUAUCACCAUGCGGAUGGAACCAGUCAGCUCAAGCAUGGAAAGCAGAAAAACGUUGUUUUGACGUAAACAUAUUGUUACAUACAGCGUGUACAAGAGUGAAAGUUGAAUCGUAAUACGAUCGUUUUUAAUGAACGGAAUAUUUAAUGUCAAUUAUAAGGACCAUUUGAGUGACUGUUGUUUACAUUGACACGCUAAUUUAUACAAGCGUAUAAUUAUUGUACUGUUGUCUGUGUUGAAUAUUUUAUCAAUGAGAUUAAUGUUGUAAUUGUUUUCAAAAUUCGACAAUUUAGAAGAGAAAAUGUCAGAAAAAUAUGAAAUGGCUCCGGCUGGAGCUAACGGUUCAACAAGUCAUUCUUCAGAGGCAGACGAAACUGUGAAUCUUAAACCUAAAAUUUCAUUAAUUAACGGAAUUACAAUUAUCGUUGGAUCAAUUAUAGGAUCAGGAAUUUUUGUUAGUCCAAAAGGUGUUUUAGAACAUGCGGGUAGUGUUGGACUAUCGUUAAUAAUUUGGGUAGCAUGUGGACUAUUUUCAAUGAUCGGUGCUUAUUGUUAUGCCGAACUAGGUACUUCAAUUAUGAAGUCGGGUGCUGACUAUGCUUAUAUUUAUGAAGCGUAUGGACCAUUUUUAGCAUUCUUAAGACUUUGGGUUGAGUGUAUGAUUGUUCGACCAUGUUCACAAGCGAUUGUUGCGCUAACAUUCUCAUAUUAUGUCAUAGAACCUUUAUUCCCGGACUGUGAACAACCAGACGUUGCUGUAAGGUUGCUUGCAGUUGUUUGUAUAUUAAUCCUGACCUUUGUUAACUGCUACGACGUUAAGUGGGCUACUAGAGUUCAGGAUGUGUUUACUUAUGCCAAACUGCUGGCCUUGGCGCUCAUUAUCAUCACAGGGGUUGUGCAGCUAUGCAGAGGAGAGACUGAGCACUUUCAGGAUCCUUUUGAACACACGGAAACAAACAUCGCCAAGGCCUCACUAGCAUUCUACUCCGGACUGUUCGCAUACAAUGGAUGGAAUUACCUAAACUAUGUGAUAGAAGAAUUGCAAGACCCUGUCAAAAACUGCCCGAAGGCGAUAUGGAUCUCAAUCAGCCUGGUAACCCUAGUGUACACUUUCGCGAACGUGGCAUACUUUACCACCGUGAGUCGAGUAGAGGUUCUCAGUGGAGCUGCAGUUGCCGUGAUGUUUUCCAAGCGUCUGUAUAAUGUGGCAUGGGUGAUCAUGCCCAUCUUUGUGUCACUCUCCACGUUUGGAGGCGUGAAUGGUAUCCUCUUCACCUCAUCCAGGUUGUUCUAUGUUGGAGCAAGAGAGGGACAUAUGCCUCAGAUCCUCUCUAUGGUUCAAAUCACGAGGCUCACACCCAUGCCUGCAUGUCUAUUCAUGGGUCUGCUAUCUCUAGUCUACCUGACCUCAUCCAACAUGUAUGCCCUCAUCAACUAUGUGAGCUUUGUAAACUGGCUUGCCAUUGGUCUGUCUGUUACUGUGCUAUUGUACUUCAGAUGGAAACGCCCAAAUAUGGAUAGACCAAUCAAGGUUGCUAUUAUCUGGCCAAUCAUAUAUGUAGUGAUGUCCAUGAUCCUCGUAUUUCUACCUAUGUACUCUAGUCCUACAGAAACAGGGUUUGGAUGUUUAAUUAUCUCCACGGGAAUACCGGUCUACUUCGUGUUUGUCUACUGGGAAAACAAACCAAAGUCCAUUCUACAGUUUAUAGAUAAAGCCACAUUAGCUCUACAGAAACUGAUGAUGUGUGUCCCAGAGGAAGGGUUUGAGAAGAGAGAAUAAACUGAUAUGGAGGUGCUUGAUACCUCAAGAUUUUUGCCAUGAUGAAGGCAACUGCGUUAGGCAGAAAUAUCUACAGAUGUCAGAUGGAGAUGGAAAUAGGGCCAGAAGAAGAGACCUUGCCAAAGCCAUCUUCAUGUAAAAAAGAAAUCAUGUUCCAUAUCGCAAAACUGGAAAAGCCGUCUUCGAUUGAAGCUAAGGCGGCACCAUACAUCAAUAAUACCUUUCCCUUGAAGUCUUUUAUCAGCAUUUAAUUGUUAAUGAAAAUCUUUUAUUUAAUUUGUAAGUGAUUUUAGUCCUUUUUGAAAAUGCUCAAAUUGUUUUUGAAUCAUUUUUUUCAUUCAUUAAAUUAAAUUUCAACCGCCUCUAUUUGUUUCAAAGUAGGUUUCUUUUCAUUUUUGAAAUUUGCUAUUUUCAAAAGAAAUACCUAUUUUAUGUUUCAAACUCUAAUACCCUGAUUCAUUCUGAUUAUUUCUUUGACUGACCAGUUCAUUUAAUUAAAAGUUUAUUUUUUAAAACUCACAGUUUAUGAUUAUUGUUUUAGUGUUGUUCUGAUCUCCUUUAAGAUUUUGGAUUUUUUUUGUUGUGUAAUUAUGUUUGUGUCCUUUGGAUUUUUGUUCAUAACCACAUAAUAAGUGUACUGCUGCCUAGGACCGAAAAUUAUGAUCAGCACCUUCUGGAGUAAUUGUUUUAUUACAUGAUCUAUAAAUAAACCUUUCAUGAUUGGAGGAAAAGCUAUUUUCACAGACAAUAAAAUGCAAUAUUGAUCUGUCUUUUUAUAGACUUGAAACAGUUUAUCAUAAUAACACUGAAAAAAUCACUUCAAAAAUGCCAUAUUGACAGUCUGUUAAGACUGGCUACAGUUUAGCACAUGGUGUCAUAAUAUAUCAUGCAGUAUCAUGUAAUAAAACAGCUAUUUACUUGUUAGCUGUAAAUUAUGCAGUUUGCAUUAACCACAAAAUCAUUAUUGACCUCUGCUAUCACCUCGGUCAUGAAGGAUUUUUUGGUCAAUAUGACAGCAUAUUUCACAAUUAAUAAGUACAUAAUUGUAUAUAAUUUACAGUGAGCAAUAUCUUACCGUAGGUAUUUUAUUCCAAGCGGUGAGAAAAUAUGUUUAACAAAGCUGUAAUUGUGCUUCAUUUUAAAACUGUGAUUUAGAAUGAAGACAUUGUAAUCUUCCAUGUUUGUUGUCAAACUGAACACUAACACAAAGUACAAAUUAUGAUUAUUUCUGCACUUAUAUUAUCACACAUAUGUCAUAUAAAUCUAUGUUAUAGAUCAAAUAGAACAAACAUGUUAUUACUUAUGCAUGUUUAUCUCGAGGAAAAAAGCAUUUAGGUUCUAAGUGACAUUCAAUCAAGAAACUGAAAGACCAUUGUCACUUUUAUUUCUUGAUCUGUAAAUAGUCUGUGAUGGUUUAAUUCACCACAGGUUUGGUGUAGUUAGCUCUCAUACUAUGAAUCAUGUGAACAUGUGAUGAUGUAUUUAUUAAUAUUAUUUAUUAAUAACCGCUGUUCAAGGCGGGCAAGCAAAUCAGAGCAAGACAGAGUAUUAAAGCUGCACUCUCACAGAUUGACAGUUUUGAUUUUUUUUCAGAAUCAGCUGAUUUUGCAAUCAAUGAAAAUCAAUUAAUGCCAUCAAAUCAGUCAUAUAAGAUAACUCAAAAUAGAACAGAUCUCAAUUGUUUGGAAAACUGCCCAAAAUUUUAUUAUUAUUAAUGCAUUUGUAAUCUUUUAGCCAUUAAACAUCAAUUUUGCAAAAGUAAAUAACCUAUCUUCUGUCAGCAGUCUUGAAUCAUUGGUUUCAAGACAUUUGUAAACGCAAAAAUUGGCUCAUUCGAAGACAAGAAAUAGAAAUGUUGUCAAAACAGUCAAUCUGUGAGAGUGCAGCUUUAAGGUCAUAUCUAUUAACAGUAAUGGUUUGGAUUUGGCUUGACUUGUUUUUCAUGUUCAUCUUGCAUUCAUCUUAUAAAAGUUUGAUCUGCUUUUCUGAGGAAAACCUGGAAGCUGAAGUUAGCAAUUGACCGGUCACCAAACAAACGUCAUGUUAUUUUGUUCUUUUUUACCAAAUUUAAUCGUAAUUAUAAGUGACCACUGACUCACUGAUUAUUUGAUUGACAGCUGAUGACUGGUCAGUAGUGACUCAUUGACCGUCAUUUGAGGUAUCAUGCAAAAAGACCUAAGUAGGAAACUUGGUACUAAUUUUCACUAUGACAUUAUGCAUCUGUGUGGCAAGACCCGUAACUCUUUAUACAUUUGUUGCAUUAUCCCCCUUGAUUGAGCUAAGAGGUAUUGAUAUCUGCUUGCAGAACUCUUUUUGAGGUUUUCUGAUCUACUUGCCUGGCUUUAACUGUAAAGCCUCAUUCCGAUUUGCUGAUGAACCUUCUCAACAUGUGUUGUGUGUUUAUAGAUAUAUAUAUAGAGAAUUAUGUUACCUGUGCAUAACUGGUAAUAAGCCAUUUAGAUAGUUGUAAACUUGUGAAGAAGGAACACUUCUUCCUGUAUUUUUAGGGGGUACUGCCAUGAAGUUACAAGUGACAUAGAAGUUUAGUUGAGUUCUUUUUACCCCCUAUGAUUUGUUAUGUCCUAGUUUGUGCAGUUUAAGCAUGAUAUUGUUGCCAUGAUCCAAAGCCAUUUACUGAACAUUGUGCGCAGAUAUAUGUGCAGAGUUACAGAUAAAUUUUCCUAUGUAUAAAUUUUCCUAUGUAUUUGAGUAUUACUCCACACUUUUGAAAAAUAUUGGGUAUCUCACAUUAUAAAUGAGUAUUUCAAGUUUCUAUUACCCCAUCAUUUUGAUUUUAAUUGAGUAACAACAAUGAACGAUUUCCUUUUAUAAAUGUAAUUGGAAAUAAUUGUGUUUUGAUUACCGGCUCUUAUUUUGGUUUUAAAAAUUAGUGAAAGCUGUUUUCUUAAGGAAUUGUUAAGAUGAGUAGUUGAUAGUUCAUAAAAGUGUUAAAUUCCAUUUCAAACAUAUAAAUGAUCAUUUUGUGUUAUUUGGCAAGGGUAUGAAAUGAAUCUUUAAUUUUGCUUCACUAUUAUUUCAUCAUUUUACUUGACUGAUAUUUCAUGUCCCUUGUACAAGGACUUUUUAAACUCCUGUGUUAGCUGGUGGUUUAAUUGACGCUUUUCUCCACAUCAAAGUUUACUAUGUGCAAUAGUAAUAUACGAUAUCAAGUUCAUGAUUUACCAAAUAUAAUUGCAAUCAAGGACAUUUCAUAUAUUUUUUAAAGAGAAUAAGAUCUGGUUUAUUUCUGCUAGGAAAGUUUUUUUGUAAAUUGUACUCUGCACAGCAAAUUUUGAAUUUUUACACAAAGCACAAACUAGCGCCAGGUAUGGCUUACAUUCUGUAGUUGCUUAAAUUAGGUGAGUAAAAAAAUGUUUUUUUGUUUCUACCUCGGUAAUAUGACAGGACUCCAUUAAAAUAUCAAUUAAUUUCAUCUGCAAUUUUUUAACAUUUAAUGUUAGUGUUGUUUUAUUUUUUUGCUACCGGAUAUAAUCAUGAUUAGGGAAUAUAAAACAAUUGUUCAAUAAAAGAAAUCUCCAGUACUUGUUCUGUGCAUUAUAUUGGCCAUUUGUGCCACAUAUAAUAUUUGACAGCUUUCUAGUAUUCAUAACCAUUGCCAUUACUUACAAUUUACCUGUUUUGUGUACCUUUUUUUAAAGGCUAUUAUAUAAAAAAGGGUAAAUACAUUAAAACAUAUCUCCAUUUAUCGGUGGAAAAAAUAUCAUUUAAACUUAAAAUGUAUUGUAAAAGGGAAGAACAGCAUUUUUCUUCAAAUGUGUUCAAUUUACAAAUUUUAUUUCUUCUAACUAUAUGACAAUCAUGACUUUUAAUGAUAAAGGUAUGAAUUUACAUUACUUCAAAUUGUUCUUACAGCGAUCAUAAUUAUAUACAUUUAAAAUGAUUCAUGUUAAAUAUUUUAAGACUUACCGCACCAUUUCUAAUUUUGAUACAUGUAGAUGUUUAUAAUUUAUCAUACCAAACUUGGAGGAGAAUUCUCGUGUAUGGAAACUUUUUUAAUCUCAGUCAAAUUUUGAUUAAUAAUCUCAUGGGGGCAUUAAAACUUUUUUAUGAUUAUCAUGGGAGAAUCUCAUCAGGUUUCCUAGGUGUGAUUUCAAACCUAGGAAAUAUUUACAAUGGUGGUACGAGGCGGAUAUUCAUAAGACAUCUUGAGUUAUUUCCUAUCUUCUGUCAAAUUCACUAAUGUAUCUCGCUGGUCAUACUGUUUAAUACCCUUAUAAUAUUUGAAGUACUUUGUUUUGAUGGAUAUCAAAUAUACAAACUUUUAUGUUGAAAACUUGUAUACUUUUGUUUUCAAUAUAACUUUAAAAAUCUUAAGACUUAAGUUUUGAAACUUAAGCAAAGAAAGGACUUAAGAAUGUUUAUGAAUAUGUCCCCUGCACUGUUUAAAAUCCUUCCUACAAAAUAGCUUCUAGAGUUCUUGACGGAACAUGUUCCUGGUAACUUAUAAUCAGAAGUGAUUUUUUUCCUAUGGAAUGAUUUUGAAUGUAACCAUACAUGUGUGUACAUGUAGUUUAUAAUUAUAUAUGAAUGUCCAAAUUGGUAUUCAAAACAUUUUAAACUAUUUUGAAUGGAUUGACACAGGUUAUGGAGGAGAUUUCUCUACAUAAAUAUAUAUUAUGUCAAAGUUAAAAAAGUACAUGCGAUGCAACGAUGAUUAAAAAAGAUGCUAUGUUACAAUGUAUAGUUUCAUAACAUAAAUGAUCUAUAUCUGAAUUACAUAUGUUUAUUUGAUCCGAAAGUAUAAUGAGGGCUAUUCCGUUUAAACAUAAUAUACCCGGUAACCCCUGGGGGAACAUAAUAUACCCGGUAACCCAUGGGGGAACAUAAUAUACCCGGUAAACCCUGGGGGAACAUAAUAUACCCGGUAACCCCUGGGGGAACAUAAUAUACCCGGUAACCCCUGGGGGAACAUAAUAUACCCGGUAACCCAUGGGGGAACAUAAUAUACCCGGUAACCCAUGGGGGAACAUAAUAUACCCGGUAACCCAUGGGGGAACAUAAUAUACCCGGUAACCCCUGGGUGAACAUAAUAUACCCGGUAACCCAUGGGGGAACAUAAUAUACCCGGUAACCCAUGGGGGAACAUAAUAUACCCGGUAACCCCUGGGGGAAGGCACUUCUAAAUUAUGCCACAGCUAAAAAAGCAAAUUUACCCUUUUGGGGUCCAAAUUAGCGAAAAAGACACCCCCUUUGUACUAUGUAAAUUAUUGCCAUCCCCCGGUGGGUUAUAUGUUUUACUGGAAUAGCCCUAAGAUUAUAUACAAUAGGGUUGAUUUUAUUACAUGGAAAUGAUCAUGUAUUUUUCAAAAGACAGUAAGGUCCAUAGAAAGAAACAAAGAGGGACUUGAUAUUGUUAAAAAAAAAUUGUAUAUCUGUUUUCAUGUGCUACCGUAAAUGUUAUCCAUGAAGUGAAUAAAAAAAAUUAUGAUUAUGUACCAGUAAAGCUUUUCUUAUUAAGUAUAUUGAAAUGUUAUAGUUAUUGUUAGUCUGUAUUUAAAGAUGUAUCGUGUAGUUUGUGAGUUUUCAAUGGUGUAUUGAUGUGCAGAACUUGGUGUUUUUGUUGUUAAUCACUAACUUAUCUGUUGUGUACUAGCUAAUGUUUAUGAGUGUAAUGUUUGUGUAUCUGAGCCUGUUUGAGAGUGAUUUAAACUUUGUAUGUGUUUUUAUUUUUCUGCUUUUAAGGAGUUUGAUUUUAAAUAAAAAAAGUCCAUUUAUUUUUCAUUUGAAUGCGUACUGUGUUUGGAUUGUUAUUUUUAUUUUAAAGCAAACUGUUCAUUUCAUUUAUAUUCUGUUUAUAAGCAAUCUAGGUAGUUGAUUUCAUUUACAUUCUGUUUAUAAGCAAUCUAGGUAGUUGAUUUCAUUUACAUUCUGUUUAUAAGCAAUUUAGGUAGUUGGUUUUAUUUACAUUUUGUUUUAAAGCAAGGUCUUUUAUUCACAUUUUAAAGCAAAUAGUUUGCUUCAUUUGUGCUUUUCUUUUGGGAUUUAAGGUUAAUUUUUGUUCAGUUGUGUUUCAUGCUUAAGCAGUAAAUAAAAAUUAUUGACCUUCUACUCUGAAAUUAUUAACCUUCUACUCUGAAAAAGUUCAAUAGACAUAAGGGCCAUUCUUUAAAGAAAGUUCACAGUUUUAUUUUCAAAUGCAUUUUAAAGUAGGCAUUGCAGCAUUGACUGCCAGUUUGCAGUUUUAGUCCCUGUUUGAUUAGUAGCUUUAUAUACAUGUAGUUGUUUGUGUAUUAGAGAUGUACAAACUUCAGUAUGUUGUGGUGGGUGGAGGUUAUGAUAACAAACAUAUUUUAGUGGUCGAAAUUAGUAUAAGCCAGCAAACAUUGCACUGGUAAAAUGAUUUCUGGGCUUGCUCAAAUUCGGGAUUUUAUAAAGCAGGGAUUGUUGAUUAUUAUUUGUAUUUUCAAACACUGGACUAAGAAAAUUCUGGCUUAUUCUUCAAAACUCUAAUUUAGAUGACUAAUAUUUAUAGAAUGAUUGUGAUUUGAAUAAAUGAUUAUAAAAGUCAA